AUGUUAGGCGCGGAGGAUGAUGCUUGCGACGACAACGAGUGGCGGUACUUCGAAGACACAGUGCCUUUCGACGACGACGGCGUUUUGGAUACCGAGGCGGUGGUUCUUGCUGGUGAAACUCAGGCUUUGGAUGACUAUGAUGAUGAUAUGGAAAACGAAGUGGUGAGCCUUGCCGGUGAAACUCAGGCGUUGGAUUGUGGUGAGACGCAGUUACUGGGGGAAGAAUGUGAAUCGGAUACAACGCAAGUUUUGGAGAAUGUGGAUGAUGAUGAGGCAUCUGUUGACAGUGACAGUGGUGAAGCCGUUGAUAGCGAAAAGGGUAAAUCGUCUCAGCGAACCAGUUCUGGUGAGUGA